GCUUGCCUUACGUCGUACUCCUCUCUAUCUCUGCAACCAUGGCCCCCGCAGAAGCCUCUCCUCCGAGAAUGACACGAGACGAGAUUCAGGCCUUGGGUACCAUAAGCCCCGAGAUGAAAGAGUUCCUCGACCACAAUCCUCCUCCCGCUCUAGGCGACAUCACCGACGCAGCCGCGAACCGAGCGCGCUGGCAGCCCAUUAUCCGCCAGAUGCGGCAAAAUUUCGGCCCUGCACCAGAAGGCCUCGAGGAAUCCGAACUUAGCAUCCCCGUCCGAGACGGCUGGCUCUCCGAGGCCCUUGUCAUCCGCCCUGCACCAGCUGCGCAGAAACCCCCCGGCCCCGUGAUCGUAAUGUACCAUGGUGGAGGCUUCAUUGCUGGCGCGAAAGAGAGCAUGAUUCCGAACGCACGUGGCUUCGCGCGGCUGUUUGAUGCGGUUGUUGUGGCGCCGUCGUAUCGUCUUGCCCCGGAGAACAAGUUCCCCGUCGGCAUCAAUGACGCGUGGGAUGUGCUGCAGUGGAUCGCGAAGCAUGCUGGAGAGUUGAGGGCGGAUCCGGCCAAGGGGUUCGUGAUAGGCGGCGGGUCGGCGGGCGGCAACUUUGUCGCCGUGCUGGCAAGGAGAGCCGUGGAGGAGUCUCUCCAGCCCGCAGUUACGGGCCAAUGGCUCGCGUUUCCCGCCAUCUAUGAGCAUACCGGCGAAAUGGUGCCGCAGAAGUACCGCGAUCUCUGGACAUCGUGGGAGCAGAAUAAGCACGCUAUGCUCGUUGACGCCGCAGCGAUUGCGAUAAUGUUCGCGCACUAUGAGCCCACGUUCUCCUCUCCCUUGUACAAUCCACUCUUCACUUCCCCGGCAUUUAAGCUGGCCAAGAUGCCGCGGGCCUUCGUGCAGGUUGCGGGGAUGGAUUUGGUCAGGGACGAUGGCAUUCUGUAUGCGUAUGCGCUGGAGGAUGAGGGGGUGGAGGUUAGGCUGAGAGCUUAUGCGGGCGUGCCGCACACCUUUUGGGCGUUUGUGCCGGCGUUGGCGGCGAGUCGGGAGGCGUUGGUGGAUGUGGGCGUGGGGAUGGGCUGGCUGCUCGGGAGGGAGGUAGAGAGGGGUGAGGCUCGGAAGGCUUUGCUGCGAAACUAGAUUGCUCAACUAGCAGCCUCCUAGAGAAGUCAGCGUCCUCAGGCAAGACCAACAUUCGUCGGUAUCGCGACUAGCAAACGCCAGUAUUAUGGACCAACUCGUGUCGGUAUGGUUAGACUAACAGACGCCAGUAUG